UCCUAUAAAAUUUUUAAAAGAAAAGCAGAAAAAACCCCUCUCCCAUCCGGCCAAUUCCUAGACCGCCUCCGCCACCAGCCACCUCGCCGACCACCGUCUGGGCUAGGCUGGCUAAGAAACCGGGAACUAGGCAUAGUUUAAAGCUCGAUUCUGGAAUAUUCAUCCACAUCGCAGCUCCUCGCUUCUCUCAUCCACAGCUUAGGCGGUUAGGUUAGUCAAUGAUUUUUUUGUUUGGGCAUUAACUAAUGUCGACUUAUAUGUCUUCUCAAAAAAUAAAAGUGAUUUCCGUGGGAUUCCAGUUUAGCAUUGUGUUUGAAUUUGAUUAUUGUGUCAAUUCUGAGAAUUCAAAUUAUCAUUUUUUCUUUCUCGGGCUGGUUUCCGGGCCAUGGGUGGCCCGCCCCGCCAGCUCUGUCUCUAUACAUACACGCAUUCAGCCCCUUCAGAUCCGCUGGCAAUCCUUCCCACGAUCUGAUCAUUUUCCCCUUCUAUAACGAGCUAAAAUUUCUAAAGCAGUUGCAGAUUCUUCUUCUCCAUACCCGCAUACUCGCAUCACUGUCCAAGCUGUACUCUUCAACUUCCGAAGCAUACGAUGAGUUUAGCAGAAGACUCACCCGUACACUCUUCAAGCAGCGAUGACUUUGCAGCGAUUCUUGAGGCAGAGCUGGAUGCUGCUUCUAAUUCAUCAGGUGAUUCUGUAGAAGGUGCGGAAGAAGAGGAGAGUGGUGCUGAAGACAACGAUGACAUAAGUGACUUUGACUUGGAUCAUGAGAGGGUUAAAAGGCAGAAGGUGGAGUUAAACCCAGGCAUAGUAAAUCCACAGAGCUCCUCAUCUCAAGUUGCAACCUCAGAAAAUAUAGUGUCAUCGUCUGAGGAGGAAAUAUGUGCACAUCCUGGUUUUUUUGCUGGCAUGUGUAUGAAAUGUGGCUUGCGAGCAGAUGAUGAUUCUGGCGUUGCACUUAAAUACAUUGAUAAGAAUCUGAGGCUUGCUAAUGAUGAGAUGACUCGAUUACGUGACAAAGAUUUCAAGGAUUUACUCUUCAAUAGAAAGAAGCUUUAUUUGGUCCUUGAUUUAGAUCACACGCUACUCAAUUCAUCUCGGCUAACUGAUAUUACAGAGGAAGAAGCAUAUUUAAACAACCAAAGAGAUUCUCUGCCAGAUACCUUGAAGACCAGCCUGUUCAGACUUGACAGGAUGCACAUGAUGACUAAGUUGAGGCCAUACGUACACACUUUCUUGGAAGAAGCUAGUAAACUGUUUGAAAUGUAUAUAUAUACCAUGGGUGAACGUCCCUAUGCUUUGGAAAUGGCAGAUCUACUAGAUCCUGGAAAUAAAUACUUUCAUUCCAGAAUAAUUGCACAGGGUGAUUGCACUCAGAAGUUUCAAAAGGGUCUUGAUAUUGUUUUGGGUCGAGAAAGCACAGUCCUAAUCCUUGACGACACAGAAGCGGUUUGGAAAGAGAAUAAGGAGAAUUUGAUAUUGAUGGAUAGAUAUCACUUUUUUGCCUCAAGUUGUAAGAACUUUGGCUUUAGCCAUAAAUCACUUUCUCUGCUAAAAACUGAUGAAAGUGAGACCGAGGGGGCCCUUGCCACUGUUUUAAAGGUGCUUCAGCAAGCACACAGUUUGUUCUUUGACAAGGAAUGCAAGGAUAAUCUAGAGGACCGAGAUGUGAGACAGGUGCUUAAAACUGUUAGGAAGGAAGUUUUGAAGGAUUGCAAAAUAGUUUUCACCCGUGUUAUCCCAGUCAACUUCACAGCUGAGCACCACCACUUGUGGAGAAUGGCCGAGCAGCUGGGAGCUACGUGCUCAACUGAAGUUGAUCACUCUGUCACACACGUGGUGUCUGGGGAUGCCGGGACAGAUAAAUCGCGCUGGGCCGUGAGGGAGAACAAGUUUGUGGUCAAUCCAGGGUGGAUCGAAGCUUCCAACAUUUUGUGGAGAAAGCAGCCCGAAGAAAAGUUCCCUGUCAGUCCUGCAAGGUGCAAGCAAUAGAUUACUCCAUAUCUAACCUGUGCUUUGUUUUCUAACAUACUCAUUUACUACAAGUCAGAAUAGACCGAGCUAGUGUUCGAAGGGCAAAGGUUUGAAACUCAUUUUGAUUUACAUUAGCAAAUAGUUGGUGAAGAUUUUGUAAUGACACGAUAGGGAUUCAAUCCUAGCGUUUGCCUCAAGAUUUUGCACAUACAUAGAUAUCAAUGGAUUUGAAUCUGGCCUUUGUCUAUAGUAACCAGUUGAAAGGGUCUAACUAAAUCAGCAAUAUGUCUUUCAAAUUGCCAGAGCCUAUGUUUGUUGUAUGCAAUUGAGUUGUUUUUUUUCC